CCAAUAUAGUUCUCUCUCUUUGCUGAUACCAAGAUCAACAAAAAUGGCUGGUGAAGGCAGCAGUUCUUCAGACUAUGAACUUUUUGAUGUGGAUGAAGAUGACGAUGAUCUAAUGUUGAUACCAGAGCAUGCACAAUGUAUUAUGGAUGAUCCAAUGCUGGUAGGUAAAAAGGACAACCACAUAGACCGGCAGCAGAAGCAGAAGCAGAUACUCGAGAAACUCAGGACGAUGGAGGAGAAGGUGAGGAUGGCGAUUCCUGAACGGCCCGCGAAGCCGCCAACCAUCUGCGUUGUCCCUGUGGACCUCACCGAGGGCAACAGGGGCGCCUACAGCCCCAAGGUCGUCUGCAUCGGCCCGAUCUUCGACAGCAAGCGCAAAACGGACAGCAUGCUCAGGCUCGAGCAUUACAAGUGGCGCUGCGUCCGCAAGCUCAUCAUUGAGCGCCACCCAGGCGGAACCUUGGAGUCGGAUGACUGGUCGCUGGAGGUACACACACCGCUGCUACGGAAGUGCACCAGCAUGAUGAUGCGCCUCGUGCCCCAAGUUCGUGCCUCCUACAGCAGCCUUUCUUUCUACGAGGAUACCAACGGUGACAACACGAGCAAUGAAGAGCUGGCGAUCAAGAUGCUGCUCGACGGAUGCUUCGUCCUCCACCGCCUGCUCAAGUACGGACGUGAAGCUAAUGGUGGCAUGGACGACGAUGAUUGGAACCAGCGUCUCGGUCGGUGCUGGGUCUGGGCAACCGUGAAGAGUGACCUACUACUGCUCAACAACCAGGUUCCUUUCUUCGUCGUUCGGAAACUGUUAAAACUCCUGAGGAGCAACAUUGACGAGAGCGAUGACAUCCUUGUCAAUGGCGGCCUCCAGUUCUUCAGCUCCCUGCAUCCUCCACGGCUCCACUCCGCUCCCAUCGCUUGCCACGACGUGCAUCACCUCCUCCACCUAUUCUACCUAUCCAUCGACCUCCCGCUGUCGUGUUCGCACCAGGACUCCGCCUGCAAGAACGCCGCACUGCCAACAGGGCAAACGUGGUGGGUGCCAUGCGCCAAGGAGCUGGAGGAGGCCGGUGUUCGGCUCUGUGCACGUAAGCAUGGUGCCGCGAGCUUCCUCGACGUGAGGUUCCACCAAGGCAAUCUAGAGAUCCCACCGCUCCAGCUAUUCGACUACAGCGAACCCCUGUUCCGCAACCUAAUCGCGUUCGAGCAGACCUACCCGGCAACGCCGGGCCGCAUCACCGAAUACGCAAUCUUCAUGGACUGCCUCGUCAAGACGAGCGAGGACCUGCGCCUCCUUCACCGGAGCGGGGUGCUCGUGAACUACAUGAACGGCGAGAGGGGCGACGCCGCCAUGCAGUUCUUCAACCGCCUCUGCGCGGGGGUGCACACCUCUGCCGGCCGCAACUACCUUGCUGGCGUGCUGGAGGAGGUCUCCAGGUACCAGAGAGGAAAGUGGCCCCGUUGGCGUGCCGCUCUAGUGAGCAACUAUUUCACCAACCCAUGGGUGACAGCGUCGGUUUUCGCCGCGGCGAUCUUGCUCGCCAUGACUGUGCUGCAGACCUUCUACACUGUCGUUGGGUACUACAAGCCAUCCAAGUAA